AUGUUGGUGGUCGUGCUGAGCUGGCUCUGCUGCUCUGCUCUGGCCUCUGUCAGCGGCGGGAAGCUGCCCGAGGCCGAGCUGAAGACCGAAGUCCUGCACAGACCUUUCAUCUGCCGCAGGAAGUCCAAGUACGGAGACAUGCUGCUGGUGCAUCACGACGUCUUCUUUGAGAACGGGACCAUGUUUCACUCCAGUCGAAACCACGGUGACAAGCAACCGAUGUGGUUCACACUGGGCAUCAGAGAAACCAUCAAAGGCUGGGACUUGGGCCUGCAGGACAUGUGCUCUGGAGAGAAGAGGAAACUGGUGAUACCUCCAGCACUGGCCUAUGGAAAAGAAGGGAAAGGUAAGAUCCCACCCGAGAGCACGCUGACCUUCAUCGUUGAGGUUAUGGAAAUCAGAAAUGGUCCGAGGUCACACGAGUCCUUCCAGGAGAUGGACCUUAACGAUGACUGGAGGCUCUCCAAAGAUGAGGUGAAAGAAUAUCUGAGGAAAGAGUUCGAGCGUCACGGCUACCCUCCCAACGACACGCUGCACGAGAACAUGGCCGAGGACAUCUUUGCCAAGGAGGACGAGAACAAGGAUGGCUUUAUAUCCUCGAGAGAGUUCACGUACAAACAUGAUGAACUGUGA